AGCUACCAGUCAACUACGACCGGCACGCACCUCCCGUCCUCGUGGACCCAGAAACCUCCCAUCCAUCCAGCUCCACGGCACCUAUGUCGGAUCACUCUGCGAAGCGACAGCGCUUGACCGGUUCUUUCUCUCCCGCGAGUCCGCCAUAUCAUUUAGCCAAGCCGACCAACGAACAGACAAAGCCGCCCGUUGUUCAACCCAAUACGCCUACUUCUCCUCCCCAUAAUUCAAUGACUUCCUACUCACAUGGAGGAUCCGGAAUGAAUGCGACAGUCCCGGCCAGCGAGAUGACACCGCCCUCGUCCGUCCACAACACGCAGCAAGGGUCCCAAUUGGCAGGCUCGGGCUCCAACCCGAACCCCAUAUCAACCCCCUCUAGCAUUUCAAAUGCCAGGCGAGAUCCUAAUAUUGAUAGUGAUGGUGAUACGGCGAUGGAUUUUGACCAAAAUGAUGACGCAGGAAUGUCUCACGGACGGAGGCAUUCGAAUCACAACCGGCAAGGCAGAGGCACUUCUUCUGGUGAAGGCGCGGAUAAACCCUCGGAUUAUGCCAGAGGCAAUGGUCUCUUUAAGUCUUUCCAUAGCACUCAACCACAAUCACGGCCACAUGGAUCACAAAACUUAUUUGAGCUCUACGGCCUAACUGAACUUGCAAGUUCUGUCGCACGGACGAAUCCAGUAACAGGAGAGAAGAUCAACAAGCUACGAAAAUCAUAUGAGGGACAUAUCAAGACCUUACAGAUAGCUGGAAAAGCUAAGGCGACGAAGAUGGAAAAUGCUCUUUCAUGGCCAGCUAAUAUGCCUGAGCUGGAGUGGCAGGCGCAGAAAGGCAACACGUCCCAGAAAUUCAGAUUUGCCCUCGAUGAGCAAGACCGACCGACUUCGAACUUUGAGGAUUUACUGAACAGGGCCUUUACAGGCAUGGCUCCUGGACUACUUCCGGCUGCAGAGACGCAAAAAUAUAGACAAUACCUCGGGACAGACGAGGUUUCCAAGGGGAAAGCAGACGGCCCACCAAAUAGAAUACCGCAUCCAUCUUCGGGCACACCGAAUCCAAGCAUUCCGACAACAGCGCCCCGGGUAUCGAGACCUGAGCGAGCAGGUUCUAAACGAAACUACACAGACGAUUCGUUCCAGGGAUAUAGUGAAGGCUUCGCGGAUUACCCUGCGGAAUCAAAUGGAGAAGAUGAGCUUGGGAACGCCAAAAGGAGGAAAAUCGCGUUUGAUGGACCCUCUUCUCGAUCUGUGGAAGUCGGUGGCGCCCGGCGGUAGCAACGUGGGCUCAGCUACAGUGUCCUGUUUGGAAAGAGAGCUCGUCAUCUUCACAUACCCCCUCAACUCGUCUCCAACUUCGUUCUCACCUUAGCCGAUCGAGGCUUCUGACCUACCCAUCAAGAACAACCGACGAUCAACCUACCGCGAUGUUAUACUACUCGUCCUUAUCUCGCACAUGCCAUGAUUAUGUUUGCGCUUUCUUUUUCUUCAGUUCAAGGGCGUUGGCGUUGGCG